AUGUAAGAAAGAGUUAGAGAACAAUUAUUAUCUCCUUAAUUCAAAGAAACAGAAUAAGAAUUUAUUACUCAAGAAAUGCGUAAGUUCUCUAGCAUAUCAGCUAUUGAAAUGAAUACUCCAGACACAAAGUAUCGUUCUACAAUUACACCAACAAAAAUGGAUACAUCAAAAGAGAUGAAUUCACUUCAUUAUAGAAAUAAAACUUUUGAUGAUGAUAUUUUUAGAUUAUAUGAUGAAAUUAAAGAUCUUCAUUAAAGAAGAGAAUUAAAUCUAUCAACUCUAAUUGAACCAAAAAUUCUUUUUACAAAACAGGAAUAUCCUUCUAAAAUUAUGUAUAAAUAUAAAAUGAAAUAGAGUUAAACGAAAAAGAAUGGAGGUAUAAAUGAAUAAUGAUAACGAUUAAGCCUUAAUUGAUAAAAUGUAUAGAGCAAAUUAAAUAAACUAUAAUAAUUUGUUCAAUAUAAUUUGAUUAUGAUAAAGAGAGGAG